CCACGACUUGGAUUGUCAGUUUUGCAUUGUUUCGCGAGAGGUAACGAUUUUCACUAGAGGGAAAUAAUCAAAUAUCAUUAUAAAGGUGAAUAAAAAGUUUUCAAAAUGAAUACCCUGGAUAAACAAUUAGCAGACUUACGAAUCUACGCGAACGAAUUGGACGCAAAGCUGCAGGACGACAUAAAUGCUGCCAAAAUGAAACCUUCCAUUCCACCCAAAAAAAAUAAGGUGCCGCAGCCGCAAAUACCUCAGAGUUGUAUGGUGAAGUCUGCCUGCGAGCCUUCCUACUCAUCGAGACUAGAGUAUGGGAGCCGUACGAGCUCAACCUACUCUAAUCUAGUGCCCGUAAAGAGCUGUAUCGUGAGGAAUACAGCGCGAGUGAAGAGCGGCGAUGUGUUCCUAUACAGCAAUUUAUUGCCACCGGGUGGUACCAAUCAUGUCUAUUCAAACAUUCCGAUGCAGCGGAACUCUGAGAGCAUAUACGGCGACAGAGACGCGAGGUCUGAGGUUUCUAGAAUAAGCGAUGUUGGUGCACAGUCCAACUAUAGUGAAUUACGUCGCCCCGGUUCUGCUUAUCCUCCGUCCUCGGCUUCAGUGAACGCACAAGACUUUUCCACGUAUGGCGGCUCGCAGACAUCCUCAACUUAUGAGUCUCUAUAUGAACCUAUCAAUCCUAGACCAUGUAGUCAGUUAUCUGGAACAUCCUUAUAUGGUGGUUACGUCGGGACUGCACCGGAGCCAACACUGGAGCCGGAUGAUGAGUUGUACUGUGGUAACUGCUUCCGCUGCGGGGGCAAGAUCAUGGGAGAGACUACUGGGUGUACAGCCAUGGAGAGGAUAUACCACAUAAAAUGCUUCUGCUGCCAUCAGUGUGGUAUUAAUUUACAGGGUCGACCAUUCUACGCCGUCCAGGGCAAGGCCCUCUGUGAGCGGGACUACCUGGCCACUCUAGAGAAGUGUUGCGUGUGCGGUGACCCUAUUCUCGACCGCAUGCUUCGGGCCACAGGCAAGCCGUACCACCCGCGCUGCUUUACCUGUGUGGCGUGCCAUAAGAGCCUGGACGGGAUCCCCUUCACAGUUGACGCUGUUAACCGCAUACACUGCAUAGAGGACUUCCAUAAAAGAUACGCGCCCCGCUGCGCGCGCUGCCGCGAGCCGAUCGUGCCCGAAGGCGGCGCCGAAGAAACCGUCCGCAUUGUCGCUCUAGACAAGAGCUUCCACAUCGCCUGCUACUCCUGCGAAGACUGCGGGUCCUCAUUAUGCUCCAGACAAGAGGGUAGGGGCUGCUACCCUCUCGAUGACCACCUGUAUUGUAGGGAAUGUAAUGCGAAGCGCAUACAGGACCUGUCGCGGAAUAUCAACUAGUUGGCUAGUAG